AUGACUCAGAUGCCGAGAAACAGGAAAUUACAAGAGAUGUUAGAAGAGAGGGACCGAAUGCUACAGGAAGCGGAACGAGGCAAGAAUAAACUCGAAGAGGAAUACGAAGAGGAUGUGUGGAAAUUGAACGACAGGAUAAACGAGUUGGAAAUGGAAAAAGAGGACACGAACGAGGAACUUGUAAGUGCUCUCCGCCAUGGCAAAGAGAUGGAAGCUUUGCUGGAAGACGCGAGAGCACGAGAACUUGAGAUGAAGAGUUCUUUGCUAUCCCUGGAAGAAAGGCUCCAGCAGAAAGAUUGCCAGAUCGAAGAUUUGUUGAGCAACGAACGAAAACUGGAAUCCGAAAAACAACAGCUGGCCAAAAAAAACCAAAAAAUUGAACGAGAUGAAAAGCAGAUGGAGUCACUGUUGGCGGAACUAAAAGAGACUGAGUACGAGGAAAAGGUGAUUGAGAGCUUGCUGGAACGUGCGAAUGGGUUACAAAACGAGCUGGAGAACUGCUUUAGGCUCUUAGACGAAAGUAAGGACUGUAAACUGUAUCUUGAAGGCGAGAUCCAGAAGAAGAAUAAGGUGAUAGAAAGCCUACAAAACAAACUUGAGGAUGCUCUCCAACGUGAAAAGGAAAUAGAGAGCUUGUUAGUAGAAGCGAAACGCAACGAAAGAAAAAUAAACGUUUUCAAGGAACAGUUGGAGAAUAGGAAUAGUCAAGUAAAAGAAUUGUUACUUGAAGUUGAAAGGUUUAAAGGUGAAAAUCAAGCAAUGAAACAGAAAUUGGCAAAUGCUCUAAGAGAAGCGGGGCUAGAGCAACAACUACUAAGGAAGCGGGCAGAAGAACACGUGGAAAUAAGCUUAUACUGGCAGCAGAAGUUUGAGGAAGCUAACAAGGAGGUUGAGACGUUGAAGCAUCGUGAAGAGGACCUUGGAAAAAAACUGAAGGACUCUGAGGCAGAAGUGAAAAAGGCAAACAACAAGAUAAGGGAGAUUUUGAACAAUGAAGAUAAAUAUAUGCUGAUGGCACUUUUGCAUGGAAUUGCCCAGAGGAAUUUCCAUCUUGAACACAUUGCAUUCGAGUAUGGAAAUGAAAAUCAGCAAAAGAAUUCUGAAGAAGAGAAGCAGGGGAAAGAGAAAGACGAAGACCUGCUUGAUCAAAUGCAGAGAAGAAAGGUGGAACAAUAUAACAGAGCCCAACAAGAGAGGAACAAUUACGUGAUGCAAUGGGGCGAUUUAACCCAGAUGUUGGAAGCUCUAAUGUGUGGAGAUGAAAGUCUGCCAGAACUGACGAAUGUAGUUUCUGGUCAGAAUUCUGAUAUUGAGACCCACAGAUGUGGAGUUGUGUUUCUGAACACAGAUGAUGAAACUCCUGAUCAAGGCCAUGAUGACAGACACAUAAGGAAUGAGAUUCAGAGAUUUGCAGAGACAAUGAUGUGA